AUGCCGCACAAACGUCAUUCCAGAUCCCCCUCAGCUUCAGAGAGCAACACCAGCAGCGACUCUUCAAUUUCCUCGAUGGAGUGCAUAGAACCUCGCCCUAAGAAGUUGUCUAAAAGACGCGGGCGCAAACCUGAUAAAGACGAUCAAAAGGUCAAGAAAACCAAGAUCUCAAAAGAGAAGGAGGACUCAGAAUUCGAAGUCCAAGAAGAGUUUCUUGCGGCAGCACGUGCCAUGGCACGUUGUGUCGAUUUAUUCUGCAACGUUGAGAAACUCUUAAGGGUAGGUCUACUCCUACAGCAAGAGCAGGCCACGGAGAAUGGAGAAUUAGAAGAGUCAGAGGCCAAGCGUGAAUCCCAUCAGAAAAGGCUUGUGAGUCUUUCAACCAAUACCCUCGAUCGGUACAAGUGCAACUAUCAGCAGUUGCUUCAACUGGCUCCGGGACUCCAAUCACUUAUUACUGAUCGCCCAAAGUCCAAGGAUCUCACUCAGAUCGCACGCAAGAUGAAUGCUGUCAUUAGUGGGACACGUUCCGACGAUGCAACUCAUUUGAAGGUCCAAAUCGGACACUACGUGGCGCCUGAACCUUUGAAGGAAGGUCUGAAGCCUACCAUCUACAAUGGGGGCUCACUGUCCAGGGCGCACAUGGGCAUCAACCACCCUGUGCUUGCUUCUUUCCUAUGUCCUAUUUCUGCACUUGCAGAUUUCAAACGAGAUCCCAUUCUGGCCCGGAAAUGGAUGGAGAUCAGAGGGAUUCGUAUGACCACGAUCGACUUUCCGGUGUUCCUGUGGGCCGGAAAGCCUCCUGGAAGUAGGUAUGACAAGGACAUCAUGAAUGAGGGCCUAUUCCAGGGUUAUUUCCUCAAGCGUAUAAUGCGUCAUAUUUUUACAGGUCCUUCCACUGCUUUAGGUGAUGACUCGUGCGCUACGUGA